CCUGCAUCAUCCCUACGGCACACUCUUACACACAAAAUCCACGAAAUUCGCAAUGGCUUCAGCCCCCGAACCAGCCGUCCACGACUUUCUCCAUUGCCCAAGAGAUGUGACCCAAGCUACACCUACAGCUAGAGCCCUGGCUACCCACCAAGCUUCGAUCCGCUUCACCCUCGAAGAAAAAUCAUACCAGCAGCAGUUCUCGGACAUGUACUUUCUGCGACUGGCCAUAUUGAAGCCAGUGGUGGAGAAGUUAGCGAAGGAGGCGUGGAAGGAGUUUGAGGUCGCCGGCGAGAAAGCACAAGGAGUCGAGAGGGUACUGGAUGUUCGGCAAGGUCAGCUGUGCUGGGUCACCGGAACGAUAUACAUGGAUAUGCCUCUGAAGCCCAACAUUCUCAACGACAUCGUAAAAGACCACUUCACUGUGCCUGUUUUACCGAGAGAAAAGUUCGUCGACCCGAACGUAGACCAGGUCACCCUCGAAGACGAGUCCGGACGACUACGACUUACCGGUAGUGUGCUGGAGACGCAUGAGUUGGUGACUGGUGUGAUUGUUUCUGUGCUCGGCUCGGAAAAUGCGAAUGGAGACUUUAGUGUAGUCGAUGUCAAGAUUCCGGACCUGCCAUCGCAGAAACCGUUGCAGCCGAAAGGAGUGGCACGAAAGAGGGUGGCGAUUGCGAGUGGAUUGGGAAUCAGCGGCUCGCAAUACGAGGGGCUGGAAACACAUCUACUCGUGGAGUACCUUCUCGGAGAAGCCGGAGGUGACGAGGACCACCGAGACGCAGCCACCAUCUCACAGUUGAUUCUCGCCGGAAACUCACUCGGCGAGGCUCACAACCCGAUCGACGACAAGAAUACUGAGGAAGCGCGCGAUGCCCGGGCCACGAAAUACGGCUACGAUGCCGCUGCCUACAAUCCAGGCCCCACCAAAGCCCUCGACGCAAUCCUAUCCUCCCUGCUGCCCUCGAUCGGAGUUACAAUAAUGCCCGGCUCCUUCGACCCCGCCAACAUCUCGAUGCCUCAGCAGCGCCUCCACGCCGCCCUCUUCCCCACCGCCAAGCUCUACGACGGCUCCACGCUCGAGCGCGUCACGAACCCGUGGCUGGGCGACAUCGACGGGGCCACGUUCCUUGCCACCAGCGGACAGAACUUGGACGACAUGUACAAGUACGUUGAGGGCACCGACAGGCUGGUCAUGUGUGAGCGGCUCCUGCGUUGGAGGAACAUUGCGCCGACUGCCCCGGAUACCCUCUGGAGCUAUCCGUUCCAGGAGGACGAUCCGUUUGUGCUCCACGAUGGAGAGUGCCCGCAUGUUCUCAUAGUCGGAAAUCAGCCGAAGUAUGAGACGUCGGUCGUUGAAGGUAUUUUCUUGUCAUCUGCUUCCUCUGACGACGACGACGAGUGGGGGAAGGUUAGAAUCAUCUUGGUUCCCAGGUUUGAUCAGACUGGUGAGAUUGUUAUUGUCGAUCUGGCGACCAUGGUGCCGGAGAAGGUGUGCUUCAAGAUCGAGGAGUAAUACCGAUUGCACGAGGGCAUUUACUGUUGAUUGUUGAUUGUUGACAUGUUACUGUUUUUUUUUACGGCGUUGAUAGCUACCUAGAUCAAAUGGGAAGGGAGCCUGCAGAUUCCAUGAUUCUUCGAUAGAUGC